UCUCACGACGUCGAACCAACCCCGCGCGCCUGUCUUUCACCACCCUGGUCUCGGCGCCUAUGAUGCAGUGUGAUGGUCAGGCUGAUUGGCCCAACCUGCAUCUUACAAUCUAUUUUGGUCCGGCACCUCGACCGCCCUUCCGUCAAUCCCCUUGGUCCCUUUAUCGCCUUCACCACUCAGCGCGCACCGUCUAGUCAGCCAGCGCUUGCAACACCUGCCGUGGGCACCCUUCCGUCGUACCAGAGCCAUGCUACCGUUAGAAUGGGCAGAAGGGUAUAUACUCUCUCUUGGUAUCAUCGAAGGCCGAAUGUCGACAUGUCUCUCUUUCUCUCUCUCCCCCUCUCCCAUCCGGCCAUCUUUUCAAGUACUGCAACAACAGACAAAGUCUCGUUUAUUCUUAGGUACCAGAGAGUUGAGACCACCAUGCAUCGGUAGCAGCUGGAUCACUCCUUCUUCGUUCCUUGAGGUCGUCUCCCGCUGCCGUUGUGAAAGGGCCUGGGUACUAUUGAAACCAAAACCAAAGGGCUGAGAACCAACGUUCGAUCCGAGCUCAGCAUGUCGACACAGCCACCCUCAGGAGGCUACUCACUCUUCCCGAACCCCAAUGCGAAGCCUCCAACGAUACGGAGACCAGCAUCUCGAACUCGGAGGUCGGAGUCCCGCGAGCGGGCCCGGGCUGUGUCUCCCGAGAGCGUCCACUCAGCUGACCAGGCGUCUCCGCCACAUCAUGGCAGACAGACGCCGCAGCAGAGAGUCCAGUCGCAGGUAGAGCGGUCGCAAACUCCACAAAGCAUUCGCCAGACUCAGGUCGGUGAGCAGGAGACCGCACCAAAUAGACGCGAGGUGCCGGCGCCCCCUUCGGUAACAGUUGCACCUGUUCAACGGCCCCCUCCUGUCGCCGACAUACUACCCCGAUCAGACACGUCAUUCUCACAGGUACACACCCUGGUACGAAGCAACAGCACGCGCUCUCGGAGCUCGAUAGCAAAGCUUCCAUUCCCAGAAGGACCGUCAUCAUCCUCGCAAGAACAGCCUGCCUUGCGUUCCAUAUUCCCACGCUACAACCCGGAAGUGCCGCUCAACCAGCAAGAUUACUUCCCUACUCAAACCAGCCCGACUCACAUCCCACGAGCCGUGAUCAACCGCACAACAUGGUAUCCGGACCCCGAGGGUGACGGCCAAAUCAACCAGCACAGAAGUCCCGUAAGGAGUCCACUGAACGGCGGUUCAACGCAGCGAUGGCCGAGACGGAACAUUGAGCCCCCAGUCAUUCCCAGCGUCUCGACAAACGAGCACAUGAAGAGCCUAUGGAAGGUCUCCAACGGCUGGAAGGCACCGCCAUCAGAAGGCAGAGUGUAUUGCAUGAAACUCUCCCAGGAGAAGGAUGCGCCCAUCUAUACCCUGUCUUCGUCAUCCCAGCCAUUCUACAGCCUCCGACUCGAUCCUACCUCCGCCUCAGCAUACGUCACACUCAGCCGCCAUGACCCCGCCAAGGUCUACAAGGUCCCUAAUCCCACGGCAAGCUCGUCGGCGAGCAGCAUUCUUUCCGGCGUCGUUGGUCACAAAGACAACGGCAAGGCCGCCGAUGGUAAGCACUGGCAGGAAGUCCUCACGACGACGCUUGAAGAGGAGUCCCGCAAGCACCCGCCCAACGAUGGCCUCGUAGCCCUCCUCUACCCUCUUGCAGCCGCCAAGAUGGCACUCGACAAGCCGGACGACAUGAACGCCAUCAUGACCGCCGAGACAGAGUGCGCCCGUCUCGUCUGGGACGAGGACUCGGGCUCGCACUUCCUCGUGCACCCGGCCCUCGCGACGCCCUUUUGCGUCACAAUCGAACGCUCCCCAGCCUGGAGCCGCGUGGAGUACACCCUUGAACACCACGAGUCGCCGCAGCAUCUCGCUAAGCUGACGCGUGACGGCACUGGCAGUGGUCACCUUGAGGUUGACACGGCCAUUGCUGCCAAGAUUGACAGCUUCUUUCUUGUCGACGUCGCCGUCACGGCGCUCUUGCUCGUCGCCGUGGCAGACGAGAAGAACACCAGGAUCGAGACAUUUGAGCCGCCGCCUGCGCCUCAAGAGCCCGCGGGCGGGGAGCGACGGCUGAGCAGGAGAGAAGAGAAGAAGCGGGCCGCCGCCGCCGCACGGAGGGGCAAGAUGGAGGAGUUUGAGAUUGAUAUUGAGAGUCAGGACAGCAGCUUUGCAAAGCUAGAGCAGGCCGGCAAGGAGGCACGCGACGGGUUGCCGUGGCCACUAAGAGCGCUUUUCAAAGUCGUUGCAGGGCUGUUUAAAUGUCUCGUGUGGUUCCUGACGCUGGGCUUCAAGGCGCUUGCUGCGAUUGUCAAGGGGCUGGCCAGGUGUUUGGGUGUCAAAUCGGAAUAAGGAC